AUGAAUCAAAGACAUUUGAUGCAAAAUCAUUACAAGAAUCAACGACAUCUGACGCAAAAUCAUUACAAGAAUCAAAGACAUCUGACGCAAAAUCAUUACAAGAAUCAAAGACAUCUGACGCAAAAUCAUUACAAGAAUCAAAGACAUCUGACGCAAAAUCAUUACAAGAAUCAAAGACAUCUGACGCAAAAUCAUUACAAGAAUCAAAGACAUCUGACGCAACAUCAUUAUAAGAAUCAAAGACAUCUGACGCAACAUCAUUAUAAGAAUCAAAGACAUCUGUCGCAAAAUCAUUAUAAGAAUCAAAGACAUCUGACGUAA